GCGAUCUUUUAUCAAGUUGUGAUAACGAAUUACAGUCAGCACUUUAUUAAAUACUCUGUUUGAACGUCUAAGUUGUGAUAAAUUGUGUGGAAUGAGUUCCAAAAUAAUAUAAAUGGUUAAACGUUUUUAAGAACAAUGUAAGACUUCUCGUCAGACUUAAAAUAUCUAGUGCUACUUUCCUAUUUUUUUGCUCUUUGAUUGUCAAUAAUGUCUGAACCAAAUAAUCCGUUUGUGGGUCUGCUGGGUGUCGCAGAAGCUAAGUCAACAGAGGGAUCUAAUUUUGAUUCGACCCAAAUAUCAAUAGACGUACAUAAUGUACAAGGUGCCGAACAGCUUCUUGUAAUUAACAAUAUAAUUGAGAAUGUUUUCUUUUUCACUGUGAACCCUAAUGCUGCGGAUAAAAGUUCUGAAAGGCAAUUGGUAUACCUCGAAGAACUUGCCCAGGCUAUGAACCCCAGAAUACAUAUUGAUUUAGAAGCUCUCGAGCAAGCCCUUUUUGAAAGGCUAUUACUACAAGAUGUAGAGCAGCAAGUUAUACCCAAAGGAAGUACAGUAUUUAAAGAGCAUGUUAUCCAGAAACAAGUAUUUCCAUAUUUAUUUAGCUCGAUGGAAAACAUCAACAGUUACAGUCAUAUUAACACACCUUAUGUCCAAGAUGCUUUAAAUAGGAUGAAGGAAUUGAUAUUCCGGAAUGCAGUCACAGCAUUAAAACAGCCUGCCCUUUUUGAGGGUCAGGAUUUUCCUGAGCAACUUGUAGAAAUAUUACGACAGAUUGUUCAACAAAGUCCGACAUUUUUCAUAGACUUGGUAAAAUCAUUUGUAGCUGAAGGAGAUCGUGACUGUAAAAAACAGCUGAAAGACACUAUGAUUCCAGUGUUAAGGAAAAUUUACAUAGAUGUCAAUAAAUCAAAUUUAAUUAACCUGCCCAUUUAUGUCCUACCAUCGGUGCAACUAUUUGCAAGCGAUCCAAAUUUAGCUCCAAUAUUAAUGGAUGCUUGUGACCCAAAAAACGAAAUGAGCGGAAGGUUCUUUCAAGAUAAUAUUAUGGGAGGUCUUUUGGCACUAUCAGUACUACCCCGCUCCAACAGCGGCCUGCCGGAUUAUUUUGAUAACCCUAUGGACCAGGCUGCGACAUCACUAAUCGAAUCAUCACUGUGGAAUGCAACAUCACAUUUAACUAAUUAUAUGCACAAAAUAUUUUUGAGCUUACUAAAAGGCGGACCGGAGUUGAAAAAUCGUUUGUUGACAUGGAUCGGAAAAUGUUUAAAAUAUAAUUCUCCUAGAGGGAAACUUUGGAAUGUUCAGACAAGUGACAUAGGUUUGACAAAUUGUGUCUCCGAUGGAUUCAUGCUGAAUCUCGGUGCUGUUUUACUACAUCUGUGUCAACCGUUCUGCAACACAGCUGACGAUCUCAAGGCACUCAAGAUUGAUCCAACGUAUGGUGCUGUGUCUCCGGAGGAGGCUGCCUCCAAGUCUGUCCACCUAAGUCUUCACAACGAGACCUGCCUUCUACCAGCUCGGGAAACCGACGACGGAACGCCGAUCAAACGCCCAACAGCUGAGACAUACAACUUCGUCACGGAAUGCUUCUUCAUGACGCAGAAGUGUAUCGAUUUAGGUGUCCGUGUGUGUGCUGAGAAAAUGUGGCGUAUAGGUCAGGAAGUGGGUCGAGCUCAGCGCGCGAUGUCUGAUGCUGGACCGGCUAGGAUAAUGGAAUCGCUGAGACAGAGAGCAACAUACCUUAUGACGAAAUUCGUGACAUUCCGCUGUGGUCUCCUGGAGAAGAAAAUGCUGGCCAACCUACACCGUCUGCAGGCCACCACCUGCACGUGGCUGGUGCAGGUAGCGGCGCGUGCUACCACCGUCGGCAACUACGCUCCAAACACCAUGAUGCAAAUAGACAUGCCAAUAACCACCCCACCGCCAGAUACGUUGAGAUGCAUUCCAGAGUUUGUAUUGGAGAAUGUUGUUGUGUUGAUAACAAUGUCCCGCCGUACUGUGGGCGCUAUCACCGACGACGCGGACAUGGCCGGGUUAUUACAACCCGCCCUCACACUUGUAUUGACAUUCAUGGGUGAUUCGACACGGACUUACAACCCUCAUCUGAGGGCACGUUUGGCUGAAUGUCUGGAAGCAAUGUUGCCAAAUCAUCCUGAUGAUCAACAACCACUCAGCAACAUCGCCUCCUUCUACAGGGAACAGUUGUUUAAGGAACAUCCACACAGACUUCAGCUGGUGACAUGUCUUCUGGAUGUUUUCGUCGGCAUUGAGAUGACCGGGCAGAGCGUUCAGUUCGAGCAGAAGUUUAACUAUCGCCGACCGAUGUACCUUGUCAUGGACUUCCUGUGGGGCAUAGAGGAGCAUAGAGAGGCCUUCACACGUCUCGCAAGAGAAGCUGAGGCGAAUAUGGAAGCUGUUCAUCCACCGAUUUUCCUUCGUUUCGUGAAUCUAUUAAUGAACGACGCUAUCUUCCUACUGGACGAGGCCCUUGGAAAUAUGGCUCAGUUAAGGAACAUGCAAACGGCACAAGAAACCGGCAGAUGGCUGAACCUAUCAAGCGCUGAACGUGAGCAGAAUUUAGCCAACAUGUCCCAUACUGGUAUGCUAGCGAGGUUCGAUAACAUACUUGGGCGGGACACUGUACGCACGCUCGUCAAACUAACAUCACACGCCCCAUACGUGUUCUGUCAUCCGACGCUGGUUGAACGCAUCGCAUCCAUGCUGAACUACGUCCUCCUACAUCUAGUCGGACCAAAUAAGAAGAACUUUAAGGUGAAAGACAUGAAGGACUACGAGUUCGAACCUGCGAACACUGUGCUGGACAUCUGUCGUAUGUACGUGCAGCUCGGCAGUAACGAGAGGUUCUGUGCCGCCGUGUCAGAUGAUGGAAGGUCAUACUCGCCUCAGCUGUUCAAAUUGGCUGAAGAUGUUCUAGUACGCAUCGGCGGUGGAGGUCUCAUAGCAUCUCUCCAGGAAGUGGCAUCCCAUGUAAGCAUACUAGCUGAACAACGUCAACGUGAUGAAGAGAUCCUCGCCAAUGCUCCCGAGGAAUUCCUGGAUCCCAUAAUGAGCACCAUAAUGAGGGAUCCCGUCAUCUUGCCCAGCUCAAGGACAACAGUCGACAGAACCACCAUAGCCAGGCAUCUCCUAAGCGAUCAAACAGACCCUUUCAAUCGAUCUCCGCUGUCAAUGGAUCAAGUGAAAUCUAACACGGAACUUAAGGAGCGUAUAGAAGCGUGGAUUGCAGAACAGAAACAAAAUAUUACGAAACCUGAUACUGCUAUGUAAAAUCAUUUAAACAAUACCAAUUUACAUUUCUAGUCACUUCGGUCACAUAUAAAAUGAUUAAUUUAAAGUCAUAGUGUUGCCAUUACAAUAAAUUCUCUUUAGUUUCCAUUUAUUGUUAUUGAAUUUAAUUCUUUAUCACUAUAGUGAUAUUUUAAAUUUUAUAUGGAAUUAUUUCAUAUAAUUUUUGAAUACUAUUUGCUCAAUUACCUAACAAGCGUUCAGUUAAAAGUUGUCAACUGCUUCUGCUUCGUUAUACUUACCAAUACAUUAAUAGAUUCGGGAUGGAAGCUAUAACAUCCACUUAAUAGGGAAACAUGAAACACAAUACUUAAUAUUGAAUGUAUCAUGCAAAUUACAUAAUGAAAAGUUAUCAAAAUUGUUGAAAUUUGAAUUAUAACUAUAGAUUACACUUCUCUUAGUACAUACAUAAUAUUCAUACAAAAAAUCGGUAGCUAUAUAUUAUUAUUAAACUCUAAAAGAAUAUAAGGAUGUUAUGUGAAGCUGAAGAGAAUAUGAUUUGACCUCAAUUUCCUACCUAAACUUAGACAUCAUUGCAUUCCUUAUAUAAUAACGUCUCUAUAUGUGACCAGAAGUGAACUUCAGUAAUCAUAUAAUAUUCUCGUCAUGUAAUCAUAGAUAUAUAGUUUUCAAUCUCAAUGUGGUGUUAGGAUUAUAAUAGCAUAUAAUAAUAAUUAAUUUUAUCCCCCAACUGCCAACAUGACUAUUUGAAAUGGCUUUAAAAAAACUUAUUUGCAUUUUGAAAUUGGAAUUUCGUUUUCAUUCCUUAACUAGAUUGGAUCGUCUGAAAGAUAGGAGGAUUUUGUUGUGUUUAUAUAGAUUCCCUUUUAAAAAAUCUACCUUUAAUGUAUUACAUUGUGUAAUUUAAAAAAAAGUAUACCGAAUAGGUCUCAUAUUGUAGGAUCCAUGUGUCGUGAUUUCUUGGUAACGCGAUCCAAAUGAUAAAUAUAUAGUGUUUAUGAUAUAGUUUAAAAAUAAUUAUAAUAAGAUGUUUUACAGUAGUUUUUCGGAAACCCGCCUCUCACUUAUAUGGCCUGGGAAUAAAUUAAGAAACUUGUGAUUUAUUUAUUUUAAUGUAUUGCUGACAUUUCAUCCUCGUUUUAUGGCAUUUAAUUUUAAAAUAAGGCAUCACCGAUAAAACGUUAAUUCAUAAAUGUAAGACAUCGAUGUUUCUUUUUCUAAUUUUAUGUACAAAUGUUCACUUAAUAAUGACAAUUAUUUUUGUUGCAAUUUUAUAAAUAAACUGGGUGAAAUGUUAUUAUAUUAUUUACAAGAUGUGAGAAAUUUUAAUUUGGUUGUUCGCUUUACAUUUUUGUUAUAAGUUUAUUUAAAGAAACACUGUUCAAUAAAUAAAGCAUAUAUUAAAUUAAUUAAA